ACCAAACCAAACCAAACCAAACCAUUUCGCAAUCUCGCAAGCGACGCAGCCGCCUCCACCACCAGGAACCAGACCGCGCACGCCUCCUUAGCUCGAGCCCAGACCGGAGCCCUGUUCCGCCGUGGAUCGCUGGAGGAGAGGACCACCGGCCGGAUCCCGACGGGCCAGAUGGUGGGCGACCCCCGCGGCGGGGGCGAGUAGCACGGCUGCGAUCGGCGGCGGACGGAUCGGCGGCGCCGCAAGGCGGCGGGGGCCACCAUGUCUGCCGUAGUGUGCGGCAAGAGGUCCUCCAUCUUCGCCGACGAGCUCAUCCCUUCCUCUCCGCCUUCCCCUCCCCACCACCACCCUUCCAAGCGGGCCCGCUGCUCCCCGGCCCGCGCCUUCGACGACGCCGCCGCGGCCCACCGGCGGGAGGCGCUGCUCCACCACCUUCGCUCCCUCUUCCCUCACAUGGAUCCCCAGUUGCUUGAAAGAGCUCUUGAAGCAUCUGGAGAUGAUUUGGAUUUUGCAAUAAGGAGUUUGAAUGACCUGCGCCUGGAGUCAGCUGAGGCUAUCUUUUCAGCUGCUGUUGGUGAACCUGAGAAUGGCCUGUCAACAGCCCUUAAGUUAACGGCUGAAGGUAAUGGCCAAUUGGAUGCUAUUAGUGGAAAUCCACCUGCGACAGAUAAUUGUCAGACAAAUCACCAUAGCUCUGAAUGGGUUGAGCUAUUUGUUAGAGAGAUGAUGAGCGCCUCUGACAUAAAUGAUGCACGGGCUCGUGCAUCAAGAGCUUUGGAGGUUAUUGAAAAGUCCAUCAUGGAGCGGACAGGAGCCGAGGCAGUGCAAAACUUGCACAAGGAAAAUACGAUGCUAAAGGAGCAAUUAGCAAUAGCUCUUCGAGAGAAUGCUGUUCUGAAGCGGGGGGUUGCAAUCCAACAUGAGCGCCAAAAAGAGUUUGAUGAUAAGACACAGGAGGUUCACAACCUAAAGCAAUUGAUUUUGCAGUAUCAGGAACAACUAAAGACUCUCGAGAUCAAUAAUUAUGCACUUAGGAUGCAUCUACAGCAGGCUCAGCAGAACAGUUCAAUGCCCGGGCGUUUCCACCCUGAUGUUUGCUGAUAAGCUUUCCAUCCUGAUGUCAGAACAGUAUUUUUGUGUGACCUGAAGUGUGAGGAUAGUGUAUUGCUAUCAGACCUAAACUACAAGGAUCGAUGAAAAAUAGCGUGUUGAUGUUUAUUUCCGUGUGACAUUGAAUCUUUACGUUUGUUCAUUUUCUGAAAGAUGAUUGUAUCAGAAUCUCUUGUUUA